UCUGCUUGAGUUGCCACCAGGACUAAGAGUGUACCGACAGUUUCCUGACGAUUGAAACCACAAGCAAACGAAAUAAACUACUGUAUGGAAACUAAUCACGACGUCAGGAGGAGAAUGAAAUGAAGAGCAUGCUGGGCCUUUUCCUCUCCCCAGCUCUGAAGAUCAUUGCUGUUCAGUGCACCCUCAUGCACGAUGGACCUGAUGGAAGUGCUGCUAAUGACCCUUUCCUUAAUGGCGAUCAGAAAAGUCCAGGCAAAGCCAACCGGGUCUCCUGCCAUUGGAAACAGCACUGAAGGAAGCCCAACUGCAGAGCCAGAAACACGGAAGCUACGUUUGGUGGGUGGAAGAAGCAACUGUUCCGGCAGGGUGGAGGUUGAAUUCAACGGUACCUGGGGCACCAUAUGUGAUGACAACUGGGACCUGGCUGAUGCUGGAGUCGUGUGCCGGCAACUGCAUUGCGGCUGGGCUCUUCAGGCUCCAAUUGCCUCUCAUUUCCAGAAGGGGACAGGCCCCAUCUAUUUGGAUGAAGUGAAGUGCUUGGGGAAUGAGUCUUUUUUGUGGGACUGUUCAUUUGAGAGGAACCAUGACUGCGGACACAAGGAAGAUGCCGGUGUAAUAUGUUCAGAGCACCAGGAGUGGCGGCUGUCAGAAGGACUAGAUGCUUGUGCCGGCCGAGUGGAGGUUUAUUACCGGGGCACCUGGAACACUGUGUGUGACGGUAACUGGUACCAGGAUGAGGCUGAUGUGCUCUGUCACUCAUUGAACUGCAGUGAGAAGGCCUCAGCCCCGAGAGUGCCUUUCAGCCACACACUGAUGGGCAAGAUGUACUAUGCCUGCUCCGGAACAGAAAAGUCGCUCGCCAGCUGUACCUGGCUCUACAACAACAGCAAUGUGUGCGCUGCCCAGUUUGCAGCUGCUGGUGUGAUCUGCAAUGGCUCACGGGGUUUGGCGGGCCCUGCAAACACACAAGCGACAGAAGCAGUGACUCCAGUUUCCCACCUGACCAGUCCACGUUGGACUGCACCUGAGAACUUAGAUGUUAGACCAUCAUACCAGAUACUGCAAAUUCUCUGCAUUGUCCUGGGUCUUCUUCUUCUUUUGGCCAUUCUGACUCUAAUUAUCACCAUUUUGCGACACAAGCGAAGAGAAAACGGUACCAUUGAUAGUGCCAAUCUCUGUGCCUCAACAGCUGCCCCCAUCCUUCUAAAUCACAGCAUGCAGGUCUCAGCCACUGGAACACGCAACAACUAUCAGCAAGUUCCCACAAGCCUCCCCAAAGAAGAAGCAACGGCAGUGCUGCCUACACCCCUUAGCGAAGACUCUGAUUCCGACUAUGAACACUAUGAUUUCAACAGCAAACCACCUCUGCAACUGUCUACCUUCUACAGUGAGCAUCUCACCACUGCCAGGAACAUACUGUUCUCUUAUUCUUUUAGGAACCGAGUGACUGAUGAAGACCCUCCCCGUUACAAUUUUGCAAUGCCAGCUAUGCACGAGGAGGGGGACAACAAGCACCCCACCUCAGAGGCCUAUCCACAAGCAGCAGGACCUGCAGCUGAAGACAGUGACAGCACCUCUUCUGGAGACGCGGACUGGUAUGAGAACAUCCAGAAACCAGAGCAACAGGAAAGCCAUCCAGGAAACGAGCCUUCCUUUGGAGGUUCGACAACUUCCCCCAGACCUUUGGUGAACUGCAAGGCUGGGCCUGGAAACAGCUCAUUUGACAGCAGCAGCGAUUAUGAUGACAUGUGGGCCUAAAGGGCAGGGAUGCAGCUGGGAUGAUUCCGCUCCAUCUGUCGUCAGCAACGCCUCCAUGAGAAACAGCCAAGGGUGACGGCAAGGCUGAGAACUGAAAGGGACCUACCUGUUCCCACAGUCUGGGCCUCAAGGAUUCAGCAUUUUGGAAGAAGACCAAUUCCCUCAAAGAUACGUGUGUGUCCAGCUCCAUUCCCAGGACCAACUAGAAAUUUGUUGCUGUGACAGAGCCAUGUGUUUAUUCUGCCUGAGAUUUCCAACUUGUGCUAUUGUGAGAAUAACUAUAUGGGGGUGAAGAAAAG